UCCGGAAUAGGCGGACCUUCCGGUUCCGGUGGGGCCGUCCCUAGCAGCGGAGAUGGCGGCGACAGCCGCGGAGGCUGCGGCCUCGGGCUCUGGAGAACCCCGGGAAGAGGCCGAAGCCGUUGGCCCCGCCUGGGAUGAGUCCCAGCUGCGCAGUUAUAGCUUCCCGACCCGGCCCAUCCCGCGUCUGAGUGUGAGCGACCCUCGGGCGGAGGAGCUUAUCGAGAAUGAGGAGCCUGUAGUGCUGACCGACACAAAUCUCGUGUACCCUGCCCUGAAAUGGGACCUUGAAUACCUGCAAGAGAAUAUUGGCAAUGGAGACUUCUCUGUGUACAGUGCCAGCACCCACAAGUUCUUGUACUAUGAUGAGAAGAAGAUGGCUAAUUUCCAGAACUUUAAGCCGAGGUCCAACAGGGAAGAGAUGAAAUUUCAUGAGUUUGUUGAGAAACUGCAGAAUAUACAGCAGCGAGGAGGGGAAGAGAGGUUGUAUCUGCAGCAAACACUCAAUGACACUGUGGGCAGGAAGAUUGUCAUGGACUUCUUGGGUUUUAACUGGAACUGGAUUAAUAAGCAGCAGGGAAAGCGUGGCUGGGGGCAGCUGACCUCCAACCUGCUGCUCAUCGGCAUGGAAGGAAAUGUGACACCUGCUCACUAUGAUGAGCAACAGAACUUCUUUGCUCAGAUAAAAGGCUACAAGCGAUGCAUUUUAUUCCCUCCGGAUCAGUUUGAGUGUCUCUACCCAUAUCCUGUUCAUCACCCAUGUGACAGACAGAGCCAGGUGGACUUUGACAAUCCUGACUACGAGAGGUUCCCCAAUUUCCAGAACGUGGUUGGUUACGAAACAGUGGUUGGCCCUGGUGAUGUUCUUUAUAUCCCAAUGUACUGGUGGCAUCACAUAGAGUCAUUACUAAAUGGGGGGAUUACCAUCACUGUGAACUUCUGGUAUAAGGGGGCCCCCACCCCUAAGAGAAUUGAAUAUCCUCUCAAAGCCCAUCAGAAAGUGGCCAUAAUGAGAAACAUUGAGAAGAUGCUUGGAGAGGCCUUGGGGAACCCACAGGAGGUGGGGCCCUUGUUGAACACAAUGAUCAAGGGCCGAUACAACUAGCCUGCCGGGAGUCGAGGCCUCCUGCCAGGUGACUGCUAGCCCGUCCACACCGCUUCAUUGAUGAGGACAGGAGACUCCAAACGCUAGUAUUGCACGCUGCACUUAAUGGACUGGACUCUUGCCAUGGCCCUGGAGGCAGGUGUUUAGGGCACGGCAGGGUAGUUGGCACUCCACUCCCAUUUGGAGGGACUUCUGACCCUUGCCUCUGUGCCCCAGCGCCUUCUCUCCCUGCCCCCCUCAAGUCCUGCAUUCAGUGUGUGGAGUCCCAGCUUCUGGGUGUCA